AUGCAAGCCGUACGAAGAGGUCGAUUCGGGCCGACAAGCUCUCUCAAGCGGGACGCUGACAUCGCUCACGUCGAAGACAUCAACAGUCCGUCGGAGGAAGGCAUUGCAAAGUCCUCGGAUGCCAGCAAAAAGUACCCAUUCGUGCCAGAGUCACUAUCAGACAACGACCUUCCCUUUAUCGCCAAGGACCUGGUCCUUGGACGCAGCAAGCAAUACAAAUCGAAAAACCAAGCCAUCUCGGACACGGAACAAACGCAGGACAAUGAAUACUGGAUUGUCAUAGACAGCAUUGUUUACGAUUGCUCCGACUUCGCCGCAGAGCAUCCCGGAGGUGAGGAUGUGAUUAUGAGCUUCGUUGGAGAGGACUGCUCCUGGCAAUUCUGGCGGCUGCAUGGCAAGAGCGUCAUGGAGCAGUAUGGCCGCGCUCUCAGAGUAGGCAGAACUGAAGGUAUCAGGAACAGAUUUCCCGAGUCAGUCCGAUAUGUCGGGCUGUCGAAGCUGGGUGAUGAUGGUUGGUAG